AUGCCGACCAUGUGGUUAUCAGAUUCCCAAAAAAUUGGAGUCGCCUUCUGCUCCGGCGGCGGUUUCUUCCUCAUAGGCGGCGUUCUCCUCUUUUUCGACCGCGCCAUGCUAGCAAUGGGCAAUAUCCUCUUCCUAAUCGGCCUAACCAUAAUAAUCGGCCCACAAAAAACCGCCCUCUUCUUCGCGCGCAAGCAGAAACUCAAAGGCACCGCGGCCUUCUUCGCGGGGCUAGCCCUGAUCCUCCUGCGCUGGCCGCUGGUCGGGUUCCUGGUCGAGCUCUACGGUAUUAUAGUGCUGUUUGGGGACUUCCUCGGGACCAUCGCAGGUUUCGCGCGCAACGUGCCCGUGGUGGGGCCAUAUAUCGGCAUGGUACUCGACCGGGCGGGCUUGGGAUGGCGGAGAAAUGCCGAGUUGCCUGUUUAA